GAGGCUCUGUGAGGUCUGUGAGGUGUUUUUCAGGCUCCAGCUGAGCGAGCAGCCACGUUUACCUUUUGUUUUGUGUUUCAGACUAGACAAGAGUCAGGAUGGCCAAGAGGAGAGCGGCGGUGACGGCGGUGGCCGAGCCCGACUUCCUGCAGUUUAAUGAUCUGGCCUGUGAGGCGGUCGGAGGGAAGGUUAUUUUUGCAACAGACGAAUGGUUCGCUCCUGCUGCCAACCUGCUGAAGAGGGAGCCACCGCAAUUCAUCGCCUCCGCCUUCACUGAGUUUGGGAAGUGGAUGGAUGGAUGGGAGACAAGGAGAAAGAGAAUAACAGGUCACGACUGGUGCAUCGUCCAGCUAGGAGUGCCGGGGCUGAUCUACGGCGUCGAUGUCGACACGUCCUUCUUCACUGGAAACCACUCACCUCACGUCUCCAUCCAGGCCGCCUGUCUGGACGAGGCGCCGACCUUCAGCCUGGAGGGAGACCGUACUGGCACGGCGGCGUCCGACAGCCAGCUGGCUGCUGUUGCCAAGCUAGGCUCAAAGGCGUGGCCGGAGGUGGUGUGUGUGUCGGAGCUGAAGCCGGGAUACUCUGACUGCUGCCAUAACUACUUCAAGGUCAACUUUAACCAGAGGGUCACACACCUGCGCCUCAACAUGCACCCAGACGGAGGGAUAGCCAGACUGCGUGUGUACGGCGUUGGACAGAGAGACUGGUCAUCUGUGUCCCCCUACCAGGACGUGGACCUGGUGGCUCUGACCAAUGGGGGAGUCUGCCUCGGCUACAGCGACGCCCACUUUGGGCAUCCGCGCAACAUGAUUGGUCUCGGCCGAGCUGUAAACAUGGCUGAUGGCUGGGAGACGGCACGCAGACUGGACAGACCCAAAUACCUGAAGGCGGAUCAGCGAGGCAUCCUGCAGGUGCCCGGCGGGGAGUGGGCCGUGUUUCGUCUCGCUCAUCCCGGAGAGAUCAACCGCAUCGAGGUCGACACCUACCACUUUAAAGGAAACUUCCCGGACUCCUGCAGGAUCGAGGUUUGCUCUCUGACCUCUGAGGAGGAGGCGCAGUGCGUCAGGAGCAGGUGGAAUUCUGGGAAAUGGCAGGUCCUCCUCCCCCCUCAGAAACUGCGUCCUCAUCACAGACAUCUGUACGGCGAGGCCGAGCUCGCUCUGCGCUCGCCCGCCACUCACGUUCGUCUCAUCAUCAGUCCGGACGGAGGCGUCAGCCGGCUCCGCCUCUGGGGUCGACCCACAGCCCCGCCCACUGGUGCUCCGACACAUCAGAAGAGGCCGGCGUCCAAACUGUGACGCCAUGAAAACUCGACCUCCGUCAUCGAGCGCUGAACAGGAAGAGGAUCUGAAGUUUCUGAUCUGUUUGAUGAUUUUUGCAAGUCGGAGAAAUAAAACAGAAAGAACCGAGA